CGUGAUGCUCAGAGUAUCUCUGGUUGUAUACUGAGAUCGGUGUGUGUUCGAAUUAACCGACGCCCAGCUAAACCAAAACUUUACAAUUUUCGCUCCGAUUUAAAGUACUGCUUGUGUGUUGUGGACUAAAGCCAUCUCGUUGCUCGUACACGGGCUCGAGCGAAGCAAGGAGGCGUUUUUAAUCGUUGGUGGAAGCCAACGAUCAAGAAGGGACGAUAUUAUACUGGCCGCAUAAACACAUGAAAAUAUGCCCUUCGCUGGCUGCUGUGAGAGUGAAGAAGUUAAGGAACAGCGGCGAAUCAACGAUGAAAUCGAGCGAAUGCUUAGAAAGGAUAAAAAGGACUCAAGAAGAGAGUUAAAACUCUUGCUUUUGGGUACUGGGGAAUCGGGCAAGAGUACUUUUAUCAAACAAAUGAGAAUUAUUCACGGUCAGGGAUACACUGAGGAUGAUCGAAGAGGUUAUAUCAAACUCGUAUAUCAAAAUAUUUUUAUGGCUAUACACAGUUUGACAAGGGCAAUGGAAACGCUGAGAAUUCCGUAUGCAACCCCUUCCAACGAGGAUUUCGUGUCAAUCGUUCGUAGUGUCGAUCCUGACGCGGUAACCUCGUUCCGAAAAGAAUAUUAUGAUGCAGUAAAAAAUCUAUGGAACGACAGUGGGAUUCAAGAAUGCUAUGACAGACGGCGAGAAUUUCAAUUGAGCGACUCGUGCAAAUACUAUCUCAGUGAUUUGGACAGAAUCGCAGCCGCGAGUUACCUUCCAACAGAACAGGACGUUUUACGGGCCCGGGCGCCAACGACAGGCAUCAUAGAAUACCCUUUCGAUUUGGACACCAUCAUAUUUCGAAUGGUAGACGUUGGUGGACAAAGGUCUGAAAGGCGAAAAUGGAUCCACUGUUUUGAGAAUGUAACUUCAAUCAUGUUCCUUGUCGCCUUAAGCGAAUAUGAUCAGGUUUUGGUAGAAUCAGACAGUGAGAAUCGAAUGGAAGAAAGCAAAGCCUUGUUCAGAACGAUAAUUACUUAUCCAUGGUUUCAAAAUUCUUCCAUUAUAUUGUUUCUCAACAAAAAGGAUUUACUGGAAGAAAAAAUUAUGUAUUCCCAUUUAGCUGAUUAUUUUCCUGAUUUUGAAGGUGAGCCUAGAGACGCAGCUGCUGCUCGCGAGUUCGUAUUAAAGAUGUUCGUGAACUUAAAUCCGGACCCAGAAAAGCCAAUUUACUCGCAUUUUACAUGCGCGACCGACACGGAGAAUAUAAAGUUUGUUUUUGCCGCCGUUAAAGACAGUAUCUUACAGCAGCAUCUCAAAGACUAUAAUCUCGUGUAACACGUUUGCUCACGCACGAAUUGUAACAUAAUUGAAGCACCAACGUUGUUGAUGACUCGUGCACAGGCCCUACUCGUCCAACUAGGGUUGUUGGCCAGAUUCCUGCUGUAACUCCUGCUGGGGUUAUAGACGGAUCCGGCGUUACUUUUACGUCUGUCAACCGUUAAAAUCUUUGUCUGAUCAUUUGAAUGCCUAUUUAUUAUUAUAGUCAAAUUAUCAGACGAAUAGGGGGUGGUUGUAUGAAUGUCUUAAUCAGAAGUUGGGUAUAUUUAAAUCGUAGUUAACUUCGAAACGAACUAUUCUGAUUCUCUAAUUCUGUUACUAACCGUAUAGUUGAGAUUUAACUAGCCUUUUUACAACCACUCCUUGGAUAUAUUUUUGUCUCGGCUCGUUUUUCACUAUUGGUUCAGCCGUAUUUCAGUGCAAAUGAUCUCUGCAAAUUUAUAUUAGUAUGAACGCUUGCAAACAGACAGGUAAUACGUCAGUACAAGCUAUCUGCUAGGCUCGUCGGGCGACAUAGGAAAGCAUUUCGGCCAAAUGUAAUCUUCAGAAAUAUUUGACUUGCCAAGUGCGCGAAUGUUCCCAGUAGCGGAUUUGGUACUCUGAGUGAAAAACGGGCUUCAAAAACAACUCCAAAUUCUCUGGAUUUUUCUGGCAUGAGUUGCGGCUUGAAUAACGCGAUUUUAUCCAAAUUGAGAUUAUAUUUUAUUCACUAAUAUCAUUCACUAAAUCCUACAAUCGCGUGCACUACAAUCUUGACGAAUUUAAUUUUUUUAAAAUUUAGAGAAUUUUUUUCAAGAUUUCAGCUCCAGCUAUUGUAACUGAUCUAGUGAAAAUCGUGAAUUUAUUUUGGUACGCAUGGCAUUGUGGGAUUUAGUGAAAAUAGUAAAUACAGAAGUAUAAUUUAAUUAGCCUCGGCUAGGCGUUAAUUUUGGCACAAAUUUAUUUACUUUUGUAAUUCACAUUUCGUUGUUUAAAAUACACGAAUUCUUUUGUUCAAAUAUUUGGAACACCAGAAAUUUG